GCGACCGCGGCCGCAGAAGCCACGGCGGGAGCGGCACCGGCACCGGCUCCGGCACCGCUGCGGCUGUCACCCACCGCUCCUUCCCAGCCUCUCCCCGCCCAGGGGCGGGGGUCCCGAGCCGGGCGGGCCAGGCUCCCCGCCGUGAGGGAACAGCAGGGCGUCGCGGGGCGAAGCGCUGACCAUGACCGACAGCCCAGCCCCGGCCCCGGCCGCCAAGCCCAAGCGGGCCAGGGCAGCGCGGCGGCCGGCAGCCCACCCCACCUACUCGGACAUGAUCGCGGCCGCCAUCCGGGCCGAAAAGAGCCGCGGCGGCUCCUCCCGCCAGUCCAUCCAGAAGUACGUGAAGAGCCACUACAAGGUGGGCCAGCAUGCCGACGCCCAGAUCAAGCUCUCCAUUCGGCGCCUGCUCGCAGCUGGUGUCCUCAAGCAGACCAAAGGGAUCGGUGCCUCAGGCUCCUUCCGCCUGGCCAAGGCCGAAAAGGCGAAGAAGUCUCCGGCCAGGAAGAGGAAGAAGGCGGCCAGGAAAUCCACCUCGCCCCGGAAAGCAGCUAGGCCCAAGAAAGCCAAGUCGUCGGCAAAGAAGCCCAAAUCUCCUGCCAGGAAAGCCAGGAAGAAGUCAAGGGCUAGCCCGAAGAAAGCCAAGACAACAAAGACUUUUAAGGUCAAGUCGCUGAAGGCAUCCAAACCCAAGAAGGCAAAGCGGUCGAAACCCAAAGCCAAGUCCAGCAUCCGGAAAUCGCCCAAGAAGAAGUGAGAAGUCUAGAAGUGUUUUGGUACUCUCCCGUUGGUUUCUGUAAAUAGCUUUUGCCUUUAUCUUUACCCCUUUCUAUUGCAUUUUAUAAAGAAUUGAUCUAUUCCUAUCUAGAAAUGGCUAAAACCAAAGCAGUUAAUGAAAGAAAGAAGGAACAUCUUUGGUAUGGAGAGUUCCCAUUUUAAAGA